UUAAAGCCGAUUCCGAAGGCGGAGCGGGCGGGGGAAUCUAGGCACCCAGCCUUGCGGGGAAGCCUGCUAGCAGUCCCCGCAGCGGGGUGUUGGAUGCGUCGGGGCUGAGAGCCCGGGAGCCCCAGGGACCGAUCCGGACCUAGCCCGCCCGCCAGGCCAUGGCGCCCUCUGGGCUCCUCGUCACCGGCGCCUCCUUCGCUGCCUUCCGGGGGCUGCACUGGGGGCUGCAGCUACUGCCCACGCCGGGAUCUGCCGCCCAGGACCGUUGGAAGUGGCGGAACACUUGUGUCUCCCUGGUCCACAGCCUGCUUACGGGGGCCGGGGCGCUGCUCGGGCUGUCGCUGUACCCUCAGAUGUCCGCCGACCCGAUUCAUGGCCACCCUCCCUGGGCUCUGGUGCUGGUGGCUGUCUCUGUGGGUUAUUUCCUGGCAGAUGGGACUGACUUGUUCUGGAACCAGACCUUGGGCCAGGCCUGGGAACUUCUUUGUCACCAUGUGGUGGUAGUGAGCUGCCUCAGCACCGCCGUUCUGUCCGGCCACUACGUGGGCUUCUCUGUGGUGUCUCUGCUCCUGGAGCUCAACUCCACCUGCCUGCACCUACGACAGCUGCUGCUGCUCUCUCGCCAGGCCCCAUCCCUGGUCUUCAGCGUGACCAGCUGGGCCACCCUGGCCACCCUGGCCCUCUUCCGCCUGGUGCCACUGGGAUGGAUGAGCCUGUGGCUGUUCCAGCAACGCCACCAGAUCCCUCUUGCUCUGGUCAUCCUUGGUGGAACUGGACUGGCCACUGUGGGUGUCAUGAGCAUCAAUUUGGGCGUCCACAUUUUGGUCAGUGAUGUUUUGCGAUCUCGGCCCUGCCCACGCAUCCUUGGAAACAAGGAAACCAGGGGCACCAGGACAGAUUGUGAUGGUGAGUCCAUCACCAGGGAUGAUUCCACUCUAAGGCUGAAAGACUGAGCCUCAGGCUCCUCCUCUGCCAGGCCUGGGGGAGGAAAGACCAAGACCAGGAGACGCUGGUCUUCAAUGCACUGUCCCCCAGGGACAAGGCCUGGACUGGGUUUUCAGUAUCUCAGUUCCUCUUCCAGCUAACUCCUGCAUUCCUAGGAUCUGAGGAGAAAUGCUAAUAUUCAUGGAUGGGUGGGAACCUGGGCUACUGUUCACUGAAUCCCAUCAUCAGACAACUGCCCUUUUCAGCAAAUUAAUUCCAGAGGUACAGUCUGUGCUACCAAUAAAGGGUAGUGGGAGGCAUGAAGCUGGAUGAAACUGCCAAUGGGAACAGAGACUCUGCUUUAGCACAGGAACAGAUGAGGAAAGUGGAAGUCCUUCUAGGAUCAGAAAGAGAUCUGGUCAGAAGGGGUGAAGAUCAGAGAGAAGAGAGACCUCAUCCAUGACCAAAUUAUGGCAGAGGGAGGAGGGUACAACAGGUGCUAUGUGUAACCAGUAGGGAUGGACAUAACAGUUGCCAAGAGACAAGAAACUGGUGAUGUUUCUGGUUCUCAAAACUACAUUAUUCUGUUUGUGUUUCAACCUAGUCUGACUGUGUCCAGCAUCCUCCUUUUACCUUUUUUUUGGUGUCUUUGGACCUUUUCAAAGAAAAUGCAGAUUCUUGGAGGAAUUCUGAGAUUCAUUACAGGAAUGAGCACCUGUCUAGGUCUGUCUUCUCCAGACUGUACUAAAGUCUAGAGCCAUAGCAGGAACUCCACCACCCAUUCUGGGUGCCCCAUAUAGGAUCUUCCCAAGCUCAGGCUUUCAUGGAAGAAUGAGGUCAGAGGCAGAAGCAAAUGAGAUGAGGCUCCCACUUGGAAGCAGAAGCAUUAAGGAAUAUCUGACUCUCUUCUGGGAUUAAUUUGCAAGCUCUCCUUUCUCCUCUGCUGCUUUUACUUCAUUUUCUUUUUUUUUUUUUUCUAUUGCACAAGACACCUCCCUCUGCAGGCAGAACAUCCAGGUUGUAUGAAGUAUAAGCAGAUGAAGGUUGCAAUUCCACUAAACAAUGGGAAAGAAAUAGAUAACCCUUAAUUAUCCACAGGAAAGAUACAGGAGACAAAAGCAAGAGAAAGAUAAAAGCAAAAAGCUGAGCUAGAGAGAGAGACAAAGGGAAUGAAAGAAACAGACAUAGGCAGAUGGAAGGACAGCUAGGAAAAGAUUUGUUGCAUAGAAGAGACAGAGAGAGGACAAGACACAAUCCUUGGCAGAAAUUUCUAGAAAGUCUGUUAUAGAUGCUGAGAAGAACCAAAAUCAUAGAAUUGCUUAAAUGGUCAUAAAGAAAACAAGCAAAAUAGAAAUAAAGGCUGAUGGGAAGGGACCCCAAUGGUGGAAGAUACAGAUAGUCUGGAUGGUGAAAUAAGGUGAGUGAGUGACAAGGAGGAACCACCAGAUCCGGGGGAGAGAGGUGGUAGUGGCUGACAGAUUAGCAGAGUGAGAGGAAAGAGGUGGUAAUAGAGACCAGUGGGGGACUUCCCUGGUGGUCCAGUGGUUUAAGAUUCUGCACUUCAAUGCAGGGGGCAUGAGUUCGAUCCCUGGUUGGGGAACAAAGAUCCCAAAUGCUACAUGGUGUGACCAAAAAAAGAGAGAGAGAGAUGAAGAUUAGUCAGGGAAGCUGAGAAGCAGAACAGAAGGUAGAGGAGGCAGUCAAUGGAAAGAUUCAUUGACAGAAAAAGCAUGCAAUAUGUUGAGUUGGAGACCGGCAGAAAGACAAAGCACAAACAGCUGCAGUGCACAACACAGAGACAAGAACUGCGAGGCAGAGACUGGUAGGACGAUGAGAAGUAAGAAUAGGAAAUGUGAAAUGACACAGAAGAAAAGCAAAGGGACCAAAGAGAAUAAGAAAAAAAGGGGAAGUGGGGGCAGAACGAUGAAAUAAACAUUCAAAGAAAAAAGCUAGGAAAAAGAGGGAACAUAUAGAUAGAUAGAGGAAAAAACAGAGAGGGGGACAGAGAGAGAGAGGGAUUGUGAGAUAUCCCCAUCAAAGAGUCAUUAGAACCAAGGCACAAAGGGGGAAAAUGACAAAUAGAGACAAGGUGAAACUGCAACAGUUGGAAGUAAGCACAGGCAGAAAAUAAGAGCAGAGGGUUUGAAUGUAGUCAGACUAAAACCAGAGUUGCAAAGGUGUAGAAAUUGAGAUAGAGACUUCUUUUUUUUUUUUUCUCAGUCAUGCCAUUUGGCAUGCGGGAUCUUAGUUCCCUGACUAGGAAUCAAACCUGUGCUCUCUGCACUGAGAGAGUGGAGUCUUAACCACUGAACCACAAGGGAAGUCCCAAGACUUAAUAUAGUAGUAUCUUUAAAACUCAAUUGUUAUUUUAACCAAAUGCCUUGAUUAACAAAAACAUUGCCUUGAGCUUUCAAAGAAAAAUGUGACAAACGAUGGGAGGAAUCUGUUCACAAACUAUGUGUUGAUGUCAAUACUGGAUCAUUCCAAUCCCUACACCUUUUCUUUAGUUGCUGUCAUGAAUUCACGGUUCAAGUGAGUUCCCCUCUCGGGGAAACUUGGUAGUACCUGUGAAGGGUGCCCAAGAUGGAGAGAGGAAAAACCAUCAUAGAGGGAAAUAUGAGGUGAAAAAUGGCUAUUCCUAUGGGUUAACUCUUAAAACACAGCAAGUGAUUGAGCUACCUGGGGUGGGGGCAGGAGCAGGAUGUAAGUGGAUACCUGAAGAUUUUGGGAUCACACACAAUUUUCCAUCACGGUGACCCAGUGAAACUUUAGGAGAGCGGGACUGGACUGUGAUUAUAAUUGAGUAAGUGAACAUCUCAUCAACUGGUGUUAUAUAUGUUGUAGACCAGAUAUAAAUGAUGUGAAUCAAAGAGGCAUAGUCAGUUGAGAGCCUAGAAAAGAGAAGCUAAAAAAUGCAGAGGUUUGCAGAUGCUAAAUUUGGUAAAAUGAGUUGGGUUGCCAUGGUGGAGGUUGGCAGAUGCUAAAUUUGGUACAAUGAGUUGGGUUGCCAUGGCGGUGCUCUAGCAGGCCUCACCAUGGCCCAGUGAAGUGGUCCUUAAGACUGACUCCGUGCUUACCUGGCAGGGGAGAUAACAUGAUCGCAAAGAUUGACUCCAUGCCCACUGAACUACUGGCAGACAAAUUCUUUGUCCUUUGGCAUAGGGGAGAGGAUGUCCUGGAUGGGAAGCAUUGAUAUUUUAUGGUCUCAGAACACUAUCCUGAUCAAAAAUUAAUAAACUGCUAUGUAAAUAAGA